CUGUUCCAUCUGAUCCUAUCUACACCAGAGUCUGAUGAAAGUCUUUCCUGGUGCUGGGGCUGUGUGUGGUGAGUGGUGUUGCUCUCUAAUGGAUUUUCUUUAUCUCUGAAUCACACUGCCUACCAAGCCUUUUCCUUCUGAUUCACUUGAAUCUACAGAAGAGAGGGGGGGAAUAGAACACAAUAUCUGUUAUUGGUGAGUGAGUGGGUGAGUGAGUGAGUGAGUGAGUGAGUGAGUGAGUGAGUGAGUGAGUGAGUGAGUGAGUGAGUGAGUGAGUGAGUGAGUGAGUGAGUGAGUGAGUGAGUGAGUGAGUGAGUGAGUGAGUGAGUGAGUGAGUGAGUGAGUGAGUGAGUGAGUGAGUGAGUGAGUGAGUGAGUGAGUGAGUGAGUGAGUGAGUGAGUGAGUGAGUGAGUGUGUCUGAGAAGCUCAGACUAGGAAAUUGAAUCUCCCUGUUCAACUGUGUGGAUAUGUCAAAUGAUUUACCUAUUGGUAAUUGAAUAGGAUUUAGUGACUUAUGUCAUCAGUACAUGUAUCUAACUUGAAAUGUUUUGAAACCAACCUGACGUCAUGACCUUUUCCAUUUUAAUGUGACAAUUAUACAACAAUUCCUGCGUCACUACUAGCUGAUCACUAUCUGCACUCAUACUACAUAUUCUCUUUUGGAAUAUUAAUGGGAAAAAAACAAGUAUAUCACUCAUUCUGGGAUAGGUAUAAUAUGUUUGUGUGCAGUCAAUAUAUGCAAAAGAGGAUGUGAAAGAGAUUGUUUUCCUCUUUCUACUCUUUUGUUUUUAUGACAAAUUAUUACUGAUUUAGAAGUCUAGUGUCUCAGGUCAAGUUCCAGCAAAGAAGAUACCUCUCAUGGAAAAUUAAAGGGUAGAUUGUCAAAUAAGGAUUUGUACAUAUCUCUGAUAUGUUCACCAAAUUAACUGAAAGUACAAUUGAAGAUUUGCGGAGGAAGAGAAACAAAAGGGAAAUAGUCACAGCUUUAACUUUGUUACCCUGUUAGAAGAUAUUGCCUAAUCGAGAAAGAGGGACUGUUGUAACAUUUACCACAAUGGCUAAGGAGAAGAACAAGUUUAAGGGGAGACAGAGGAACAAGGUAUAGAACAUGUUGAAAUAUUGUUCUCGACUCUAUUCUCUCUUUGUCACAUAUGCUGUAUUACACAACAAAGGGUGUCAAAAUCACUCUGAAACAAUAACAUGCUUUUGUGAGAAUAUUGUGCCAUUGUAGGUAGUUUGGAAAAACAACCUUUUGGGGCACAAAAGUCCACCCAUACUUAUAAACUACAUUAUAAAAUCCAACCAUUCUAUGGAAUGCCUAUAGACAUGGCCUCUGAAGGUACUCAAACAUUUUACAUAAAUUAAGCUUGUUUAUUGACCAUCCUGACAUAUUUGUAUUACACUGAUAGGUUAGCCUAUAGAAGGAAAAUAUAUCAUAACACUGCUUUCCUUUAAUGGAAAAUAGGAAAUUGGCAUUCUCAUUAGCGUUCACAAACAUACUAAAUAAUGGUGCUAGAGAGCGACACGCUAGCCGGUGACAAAAUAAAUCACUCCAAAUGCAAUAACUUUAUUUUCUGUCUGUCUCUCUCUGUCUCUCUCUCUCUCUCUGCCCCUUUCUCUCUCUCUCUCUCUCUCUCUCUCUCUCCCUCAAAGGCAGCAAGGCACAUUUAGGAGCCGUAGGCAAUUAGCUCCCUGCAAUAAUAGUAAGGCAAAACUCAGGAAAGGAGGAAGAGAGAAGUGGAGGCCUUUAUGCAGACAGCAGUAAAUAGAAGAAGACUUCAUUGGCCUCGCAUCAUGCAUCCACUACAUAGGUUACGUCCCAAAUGUAGGGAAUAGGGUGCCAUUUUAAAAAGCAGAUGUAUUUUCCGUCCCCUACUCUAGGUCAAAAAUAUACAGGUCAGGACAAGAGGAUUCUAAUAUCCCAUAACUAUUUGCAUAAUUGCCGGAAGAAGUCAAUACAAUGGGACCAGCAAUGCGAGCAAAAAUGACUGGAAGUGAAUGUUAGCAGUACAGAAAAUGUGCCAUCAAAGUGAAUUUCAUCUAACUCUACUCAGCAAACACAUGGCAUAACUGUUUUACUGUCAUUCUAGUCAUUUAAAUGUUUUUCAGAUUAUCUACAGCCACGUUAUUACUUGAUUUCCUGACCGCUGAAAGGUAACCAAAGGGUAACCAAAUUCAGAAACACAUUUCAAUUUCCGCUGGUCUAUCUCAGUUAUUUCCCUAUUUCAGUGAUUUUGAAUAUUAAGUGAUGAUAAAUAAUUUGUCAACGAUACAGAACCUGCAGAGCCUUGGUCGACUAGCAGAGAGACGGGCAGGUUUGAGAGAGAGAGAGAGAGAGAGAGAGAGAGAGAGAGAGAGAGAGAGAGAGAGAGAGAGAGAGAGAGAGAGAGAGAUUGAAUUGAAAUUGAAAUUGAAAUAGAGAGAGAGAGAUUGAAUUGAAAUUGAAAUUGAGAGAGAGAGAGAGAGAGAGAGAGAGAGAGAGAGAGAGAGAGAGAUCAAGGAUGUACAAACGAGCAAUAAUCUAAUUCCCAACACACACUCUCAUUGGUCAUGCCAUCCUCCAUCUUAGCCAUGAGGGCCUAGUUACAUUUCACCCAGUUGGCGUAUGUAUUCUAGCCAAAUAACAGUAAUGGGGGCAAGGCUGUGAUUGGUCCAUUGCCAGAGGGUGACAAGACGUUUCACAAGGAUGUAAUGUUCUCAGUGAUUUCCCUAUUUCAGUGAUUUUGAAUACUAAGUGAUACAUUAUUUGGCAACGGUUCAGAACAUACAGAGCCUUGGUCGACUGGCAGAGAGACGGGCAGGUUUGAGAGGUUUGCAACCAGAGAGAGAGCAAGAGAGCGCGAGAGAGAGAAAGAGAGAGAGAGAAAGAGAGAAAUCAAGGAUGUACAUGUCACCGCCCUCAAACAAGAUAUAAUCUAAUUCCCAACACACACUUUCCUUUGUCAUGCCAUCCUCCAUCUUAGCCAUGAGGGCCUAGUUACAUUUCACAAGAGGUUUCACAAGGAUGUGGUUUUCAGUUGCCUGUCACCAGUAUGUGCCUUCUCAGGAUAGAGAUAACACAGAGGUUGUAAAAACAAGAGUCCUAUUCAUUAGGCACCAAACGGAAGAAAAAGAAGAGAGACAAGCUGAUCUUGUCCAAUAAGAAGCGCUCAAAUUUUGCUACAGUGUACCUGAAUACAACCCAGCAGCCCCCAGUCAACUCCCAGAAGGGGACAGUCCCACAUGACAGACAGGAUAUAACCGCCCUCUCUCUUUCCACAAAGACCAUACAGAGACACAAGCAUGAUCUGAGGGCAUCGGCAGAUGGCAAUCUUGCCAUUGGUGAUUGGUGCACUCUCAUCUCUAGACUUUAGAAUCAAAGUCUUUAAGUCAUUAACACAUUUCCUAUGACUGUGGAAUUGUGAGUAUCCCAGUGUUUGUUUGUUAUAGACAGUUGUCUAAUCUUUUUUUUCCUCGUAGUUUACAUGUGUCAGUUGUGUAUGAUGCAUCUUCACUCAUGUCAGCUUGUAGUGUCAAACAGUACAAACAGCUUGCUCAUGACAGGUUUGGAAAAACAGUCAUUAUCGUCUCCAUUGCUAUUUAUACACUGUUGUCCAUCAAUAAGAGGCCAGGGAUUUCAAAUGUUGUUUUGAUUCCAUUGAAUGCAACGUACUUUCACCCUUUCUUCUUCAAAAUCACUAAUUUCACAUCUUCCCCUCUCACAGGUUUGUAUCACCAUGGCAUCAGCCUGGAUAGCAAUGUUUGCCACGCUGCUGCUGGCAUUUGUGAAUGGAACAAAAGAUGGUGAGUGCUGUCUUUGUAAUGAAUAACCAUUUCUAAAUGGCAACACCUUGCCAGCAGUAACAAAGACAGUAGAAUAGACACUUCACAUCCCAUUCUCUUAAAAAUGCUUUUUUUGAAAUGUAAAUCUUGAAAUGAUCAGUGUAAUUUCAGUCUCACUGAGACAUGGGAAUAUAGGCAAGAAAUAUGGAGCUGUAUCUUACGAUAAGUCAUUUAUUUGGUGGCUUAAAGGGCCCUUUUUCAACCUUCUCCCUCAAUGUUGCUGAUGCGUUGAUCUGCUCUUGGCUCUCUUUCCUUUCCUUCCCUGUCAGAGGUUCACACGUCCCCGUCUGUGGAGGUACAUACUUCCACCCCUGUGGUGGCUUUGGGUUCACCGGUGACUGCCUCUUGCGUCAUCAGAGAUGACUGCCCCCUGAUAAAGGGACAAGCCGUUCACAUUGUCUGGCACCUCAACCAUCGCCUUAUUCCCAGCGGUCCUGCAGCAGCCAAUGAGAGUGGUGGAAACUCUGCAGCGGCCAAUGAAAGUGGCUGGAUCUCCACAGUUUUAUAUUCUGCAGCCAAUCAGAGUGGCUGGAACUCAACAGUGUCUAUACCUAGCUUCACGGACACCAGGGGAUAUCUCACGUGCUGUGUCCUCCACACCUUCCCGUGCCAGAUCGUAGGAGCAGUGGAGAUAAGAGCUGGAUGUGAGAGACAUUUUUUUCUUUGUUUCUUUGUUUUGUUUGUUUAUGCCUGUUAAGUGGUGUGCUGUAUGUGUAGUCUACCAUAGCUCCAUUUUCAUUCAUAGUAAGGGAUAUCCCUUACCCCACAUAAAAAGAUCACAGAUGGGACCAUGGUAAAGAAUGGCAUUUCUUUAUUUUAUUACAAUUUUUCAACUGUUGGAAUUUUAAUAUGAAGGUCUUCUAGUGCCGCACCUCCCUGAUUUCCCUCAUGUCCAACAUCUAGUAUUGAACAUGCUGUACUUUCAUUUCAAGGAGCAGUUCUGAGAAACCUAAGUGUACUGAGCAUAAAAUAAGAAUUAAUUGGAAUAUUUUUAAAGGUAGACUCAGCGGAUAUUGAGAUGAGCAAGAUGCAAGACUUCGCUCUCACACAGUCACACACAGUAUCUGUGCAUGUGCACGGGUUCGCCUCGCGCUGAUAGAGCGUGGUAGCCACAGGACCAACACAGCUGUGAAAUUGAGCCUUGUGCGUCAACGCUCGUAGUUAUUGAAGAAAUUGACCCACUAUGCUGUUUACUUUCUGCAUUUCAUAUCGCUGAGUCUACCUUUACAUGUUUUAAACAUACGUUUCACCUCAGAUCAAGAAUAAAAACCUGAACUGAUAAUGAUCAGUUCUGUAAUGCAGUUCUGAAGAUUUGAUCAUUUUCUGUUCCAAAAUCUAAUCAAAAUUUAAUCAAAUGUAAUUAUAAAGCUCUUUUUUCUUCAGCAGAUGUCACAAAGUGCUUAUACAGAAACCCAGCCUAAAACUCCAAACAGUAAGCAAUAAAGAUGUAGAGGCAGGAACCUAGGAAGUAACCUAGAGAGGAACCAGGCUCUGAGGGGUGAGCGCUAACUAACUUUUACAUUGUUUUGCUCACUCAAUAAUUGUUAUUGCCAUAGUUCCACCCCCAGCACCACAGAACCUUAGCUGCCUGACUAACCUGACCAAACCGGAAACCCUCUCAUGUCAAUGGGACCCAGGACAGGACACCCACCUGCCCACACAGUACACUCUCCACACCAAGAUCAGGUAACAAGUGGCUAUUGUUGGAGAACAAGUGAAUCUUUGUUGUAUAUUUAGAUUUACAUUUACAUGUCAAACGUAAAUGUAUAUUGUUAUUAUGAUUCUAUUUUUUAAAUGCUUUCUUGGACAAUCUAGCUACUUUGCCCCUUAGGGCCACUGUACUAUAAAUGCCUGCAUAUGUGUGGUGGUUAUCCAAAGAGAACCGGUUUAGAUGUUACUUCCAAGUUUCCUUCUGCGCCAACCUAGCUACUUUGCCCGUUAUGGCCACUUACAAUAUCACUAUGCAUAGGUGUGGUGGUUAUCCAAAGAACUUAAAGGGGAAGAUGCGUAACUCUGAUUUGUUCAAGAAGUUGUAUUAUUUCUUCAUCUUAACAGGGACUUACAAGAGAGCAACACUUACGUGCUGCCGCCAGGGGCACAUCACUACAGGAUACCACGUACCGGCUUUGUUCUCUUCUCAGAGAUAGAAAUAUAUGUCAAGGCGGUGAAUGCCUUGGGUCAAGCCACCUCAACACCUUUGCUUCUGGAGCCCAUGAAGUCAGGUAAAGAAGUAGUGAUUUGGGUUGUGAUUUACAGGAUAUGGUGUCCAUAUUAGGACAGCCUCAGUCAUAAGAACUUGGUGUCACUUGUGACUCUGAAGCUGUCCUAAUACAGACACUGUGAAAAGAUAGUUAUUCUGAAGCUCACUGUAUUCUUUAAACCUGAAAGACAGAACCUUAUGUACAAGUACUUUGUGGCAUGGUAUUGAGAUUAAGCUAUUCGCAUCAUAGGAGUUCUAAUAUAACUCUCAUAUUGCAGCCAAGUUUGACCCUCCAAAAGUUCUGAAGGUCCAAGCAGAGCCAAACAGGUAUGGCUGCCUAAGGCUCAGCUGGUGUCUCUCUGAACAGCAAGCAUGGGUGACCAUCGUGAGCUUGGAGGUGCGACAGAAAACAGCAAACAGCAAGCAGUGGAGUGAAGAACCAGUAAGAGAAUGCCCUUUUCCUAAGUGUCCACAUACUGCAACCAUUUGAACAAAAUUAUUUAGAUUAAACAACAUUAAAAAUAAAUUAUCAUACCAACUGUACUAGGCAACCAUAAAAAUAAUCACAUUACUGUGUGUGUGUGUGUGUGUGUGUGUGUGUGUGUGUGUGUGUGUGUGUGUGUGUGUGCAUGUAUGUUUGUGUGUGCGUGCGUGCGUACGUGCAUGUGUCUUAGGUCCCAGUGCCCCGCUUAGUGCGCCAGAGACCCAUCGAGGUGUGUCGUCUGCUCCACGGGACAGAGUACCACAUCCAGAUACGGGUCAGGUAUCACCAGAGUCCAUGGAGUGAAUGGAGUAACAGCAAUACUGCAGUCACGCUUGAGAGGGGUAUGUCCUGCAUCAAUUAUAUUUAAUGUACUGUAAUGUAUCACUCCCAUGGUGAAUGAAAUGUCCCACAUUUUCAAUCCCUCUAUUUUACAGCUCUGGUAGAAUGUAUGUAUUGACCAGCACUAGGCUCUUUGGCAGUGAAUCCAUAGCCUACACCUGUUUAGUCUGGAAGAAUUCUCCUCUUCUCCUCACACAACUGAGGAGGCACAAACAUUUGAUGAGUUUCAAAAUGGACACUUCUGCUUCUUUUCAGCUCCCACCGGACGACUCGACUAUUGGAUGACGGUAUCUGGGGAGCAGAGGCAAAAGCAUCUCAGUGUACACUUGCUUUGGAAGGUAAGAACGACACACAGAACAUACUCAAAUUUGACACGUCACAAACUUUUAUGUUACCUGUGAUAGUGGAACACAACUUGCCCUUCAAGUGUCCUCUCUUCCUCACUCCUCUCCUUUCUUCCUUUUGUAGCCAUCGAAGCAGUUUCGUGCCAAUGGCAAGAUCCUGUCCUAUGUUGUCUCGCUCCAGAGACAACCCACGAAAAAGCUACAGUUGUGCGUCACAUUGGAUAGCCACUGUGUUUUCCAGCUUCACAGGGGGGCAAGGAAAGUCUUCCUCAGUGCUGGGAACGCUGCAGGGGCAUCCAGCCCUACUGAGGUGGAAGUGUUUCAACAUAGAGGUAAAGCUUUAUUAUUAGUUAGAUUGUGUAUAAAGGGACAUUUUACUCAAUAUUUUAGUAUUUUGUUCAUUAGUCCACUUUUAAUACAAUCGCAAUAAAUAGUACAUGUCAAGUUUUCAAGAUAGAGCACUUUCAGUACAGAGCAAAAACGAAAUAUCCCUGUUGCUGAAUUCCAAAUUAACCCCUACACCCUAGGCACUCCUGUAGAUCUGAGGGGAUUGCAUACAGUUGGAGUCAGAUGUUUACAUAGACCUUAGCAAAAUAUAUUUAAACUCAGUUUUUCACAAUUCCUGACAUUGAAUCCUAGUAAAAAUGCCCUGUCUUAGGUCAGUUAGGAUCACCACUUUAUUUUAAGAAUGUGAAAUGUCAGAAUAAUAGUAGAGAGAAUGAUUUCUUUCAGCUUUUAUUUCUUUCAUCACAUUCCCAGUGGGUCAGAAGUUUACAUACACUCAAUUAGUAUUUGGUAGCAUUGCCUUUACAUUGUUUAACUUGGGUCAAACGUUUCGGGUAGCCUUCCACAAGCUUCCCACAAUAAAUUGGGGGAAUUUUGGCCCAUUCCUCCUGACAGAGCUGGUGUAACGGAGUCAAGUUUGUAGGCCUCCUUGCUUGCACACGCUUUUUCAGUUCUGCCCACACAUUUUCUAUAGGAUUGAGGUCAGGGCUUUGUGAUGGCCACUCCAAUUUUUACAUUUCACAUUUUAGUCAUUCAGCAGACGCUCUUAUCCAGAGCGACUUACAAUUAGUGAGUGCAUAAAUCUUUCCUACUGGCCCCCCAUGGGAAUCUGAGGGGGUUGCAUACAGUUUUACUGUGGAUAUAGAUACUUUUGUACCUGUUUCCUCCAGCAUUAACACAAAGUCCUUUGCUGUUGCCAAAACUAUAGUUUGUUAACAAGAAAUGUGUGGAGUGGUUGAAAAACGAGUUUUAAUGACUCCAACCUAAGUGUAUGUAAACUUCCGACUUCAACUGUAUAUUAGCAUUAUGGCAAUAGCUUCAUCUGAUUGGCUGGGUGGAUAUGUCACCAUAUUGCUUCCACCUAUGCAAUCCUCUGAUGUAGGCUAGGGUUUGAUUUAGAAUUCAGAAUAUAUGCAUAAGCAGAAGGUGUUAUGUGUGUUAUGUCAGCGUCCCAAACACCCUAUUACCCAUAUAGUGUCCUACUUUUGAGUCCUAUGUGCACUAUACAGGGAAUAGGGUGUCAUUUGGGACGCAAUCUAUGUGUGUUUAAGCUUACCUGUGACAUAUUGUGUGGUAAAUAUCUGUAUCUGUCCCCAGCUCUGGCAGCAGUCUCUGACGUCAAUGUCCUUCCUCAUGAUGAGAGAUCACUACUGGUCCAGUGGACAAGCAUACAUUCAUCCAGUGUCACAGGCUAUGUGGUGGAGUGGAGGCCAUUGUGGAAAAUGGACCCUUCCCUCAUCUUGUUUGACCAUAUUGACAGGAAUCAAUCCAGCACUCUAAUAUCAGGUAUGGUUUAUGUCAGUUAUAAGGUAUACAUUCACAUUGUACAUACUGUAGUUUCAUUCUCCUGUCAUGUGUCUCUAGUUCUGUGUUAGAAGUUUGUUGGAGGACUAUGUACUUCUUUUAUAUACAAUUCUCCUGGCUGCACAAUUAAUUUAUCUGCAGGGACAAUAACGUUUUAAUUGAAUUGCAUCUACAGUAUCAGCUUGUGAGUGAGAGUGUGUUGUCCACUUUGUUGUUUGAGUUGAUUUGUGCAGACUUUUUCUUUGCAGGAUUUGUCCACAUACUGUAAGCUUAUGAACUUGGAUCCAUUGUUAUCGCUUUCUCUUUGUCUACAGAGAGCAUCGAGCCGUACAAGCCCUAUGGGAUCUCUGUGUAUCCUAGGUAUAAGGAAGGGAUUGGCCUUCCUCAAACCAUCGAGGCGUACUCUAGACAAAAGGGUAAGUCGGUAAAGACUAACCCUUACACCUUGGACUUUGUAAGAUCUUUACAAGAUCAAGGGAGGUGUUGCAGGCUUCUUUUGAGUCAAUGAGGUUCGAAUCAGCUGCAAAACAUACUGAUGAAAGGUGGUACAAUGCUUCCCUCUAUUGGAGACAUAUAGCAAAUCACACCUCCGGAUACUGCUACUACCAUUACUAUAAGCUUAUUCUAUUCUAUUUAUAUCAAACACCCACAUUAUAGCACUUUGUCAGCAUGACAAUACCAACAAAUCAGAACACUAUUAGGUUUAUGACAUUAUAUAAUUGAUAUGGUAAUCACCACUACUUUUAUUGCCAUUUAAUCCAUAUAUUCCUUAAUGUUCUCUUUUGUUUAUGGCAGCCCCAUCUGCCGCCCCAAAUCUGAGGGUGAGGGAGACGUUAUAUUCUCGUAUUGAGCUUACCUGGGAGGAGAUUCCACUAUGCCAGAGAAAUGGGAUUGUGCAGAGCUACCAGAUCUUCUACUGGGAUGAGCAGGGAAACACCAAAGGUAGAAAGAUGCUUGUUGUGAUGCUGUUGAUGAUCCACUGUUGAUGAUACAACUAUAGAUUACUGAAAGUUCAUACACAAGCCUUAUUUUGCCAGGCUGUCAUUGUAAAUAAGUAUUUAGGUCACACUUUAUUUGGACAGUCUAGAUCUACAGAUGGUUAUACUAUCAACAAACUAUCUGUUGAUCAGCAACUGCUUGCUACGGUUAUGGUUAGGUUUAGAAUAAGGGUUAAGGUAAUGGUUGAGGUUAGGGUUAGGGUAAUGGUUAAGGUUAGGGUUAGAGCUAGGGUUAGUAGACAGUUAGCGGAGCAUCUAGAGAUGGACUAUCCAAAUAAAGUGUUACCAGUAUUUAUUCCCAACUGACUCGCCUGGUUAAAUAAAGAAAUAAACAUGUAAACUCAUACUGCGGUUGCUGUGUCCCUCUUUUACAGUAGUGACUGCUGAGCUGGAAAAGAGGAGGGUGGUUCUAGAAGAGCUCAACCCUUCGUCCUCAUACAAAGCCUUUAUCAUGGUUAGCACAGGUGGCGGGAGUCUGAACGGAUCAGAGGUUACCCUCAAAACUGAACCAAUGGGUUGGUAUUAGAAUUUUGUCAAUAAGAGUAAAGUGCUUUUAAAUAAAAGUAAUGUACAGUGUUAUUUGAGGACUAGUCUCGCUUGCCAGACACAUGGCGCUCCACCCUAUGUGAGGUCAGAUACUGUAUCUGGAAAUUGUCAAAAACAUAUAUCCUAAAUCUAAAUACAUGUAUUUUCAGAUGUCUUGGCUAUCAUCAUGAUAGUUAUUUCCUCUGGUGUUGGGCUGUCAUUGCUCGUCAUUAUCUCAGUUCUGGCCUGCUUCUCAACACAUGAACGGUGAGGACUCAACAGACUUCAUGUCAGUAAAUACGGGUGUGUUUGUGCUAUUUAAAAACAAUAUACGUUUCUGUUCCUAUCUGAAGGUUGAAGAUGUGCUUUUGGCCCAUGAUCCCCGACCCUGCCAACAGCAGCAUCAAGAGGUGGAGCACAUCGGAUUCAAUGCAGGUGCAGUAUUAGGAUUAUCAUGACAAACCAUGUAAUCAGUGUCUGUUGGUAAUUACUAAGCACAAGGUUUACUAAUCUUUUAGGCAUUUAUGCAUCUAUUCUAUUCUAUUUAAUGUUUCUGUGGUUUGACCAAGGAGAUACAUGUUUCUUUUUCUCUUUGAAGGAUAUCCCCCCUGUCCAGGACAUGCAGGAAUCCAGUCUGGUCUAUCUCUCCCAUCUCAGCCUCAUGGACCUGCCUAAGAAGGGUCUCGAGAAGAGGGGUGGCCAGAUCACCGAUGACUCCUGGUGCCACUGCAGUGACACCAGUGACCUGGGGGAGUCCAUAUGUGGCUCCCCCCAUGCACUCAGCCCUAGCUACUUAGGGUCACACCAACACUCUGUUCCGUAUGCCACUGUGGUCUUUGAUAGCCCGUACUCAAGUCAGCCACCAAGCCAGUCCCAUGCCUACCUGCGCUCAGAGUCCACACAGCCACUCCUGGAGGACGAGCUCGAGGAGCCCUCAAGCCCAAAGGAGUACCAGAAUGUUCCCGUCCGUGGGGCAUCUGGGGAGCAAGUUUCCUUUAGAGAAUGCCAGGAUGACGGCCCAGGAAAGGGAGAGUUAUGCACUCUUUGGGAUGACUUUCCCUUGCUUAGGGCUUUGGCAAUGAAUGAUGUUCAAAGUGAAACCUAACCUCAGUGGUAUUGAGAUUUUGAAAUGUAUGCAAGAUAUAUGAGAUGUAUGUCAUAGAAUGGCAGAUACAUUUUCAACACCAAUUAUGUUUUCAAGACAGGGACAACAUGAUUGCCCAGUUUGUGGAUGUUAGUGCUAAAAGAAGUGUAAUUAAUCAAGUUUAAUAAAGUUUUAUUUUUCAUGAGUGUUCAAUAUUUUGCUCUUCUGGCC